AUGUUGAACUAUUUAGUUGAAGUACAAGGAGUUCCUGAAUCAAAGAAACCCCAAACUCAGUCAUCUAGACCUACUCAUCAAGAUACUGAACAAAAUACCAACAAUAAAUCCCCAGACCUUUCAUCAUUUCAGUUUCAUGUGAACACUGGAGUGGAAUCUGGAUUAAAUAGGACAGAAACAAAAAUCUCAGAGUCACUUACCCCAUCUCAGCAGCUACAACCUGUGGAUGUCCCCCAAAUCCUUGGAUCCAGAUCCAGACCCUUAGUCAUAUCUAUAGGCACUCACUCUCCCAGAAGCUUGGGGGUUGACAAAAUUCAAGAGGAAACUACUUUCUUGCAGAAGCAUCCAAAACACGUGCUAGAGCAGAGAGUUAUAGAUCUUCCAGAGAAAAGGGUCCAGCCACAGAAGACCCAAAUAACUGAUGUGGAGUUGACCCCAAGACUACCUAAUCAAGUCACAGAUAGCAUAAAGAUUACUCCAUUGGCAUUGCUUCAGGUCAUGGAUUCCAUGGGGAUGAUCCCAGAAUCACAUUCAGAAGUGACAGAAGCUGUGGGUUUGUUCCCAAGACCACCAAAUCAAGUUGUGAAACCAAUGGAAGCCAUUGAAACAAUGAAUGUGACUCUAGAACCACCAUAUGAAGUCAUUGAAUCAGCAGAGGUAAUCCUAAAACCUCAGCAUCAAGUUAUGGAACAAAAGGGGCUGACCUCAAGAUCACUGAAUGAAGUCGCAGAUAAGGUGAAGGUAACUCCUGUAGCAUUGCUUCAAGUUAUGGAUCUCAUAGGGAUGACUAACAAACCACAUCUACAUAUUACAGAAUCAGUGGGAAUGACUCCAAGAUCCCAAUGCCGUAUGGAGUCAGUGAAGAUGGACCAUCAAGUCAUUAAAUCAGGAACAGUAAGUCCAAUACCACAACAUACAGUCGUGGAAACUGUGGAUAAGAUACUAGGGCCACAACAGAAAUCAGUGGGCAUGAACUCAAGGCCAGAAAGUCAAGUCAUGGAAACACUGAAGAUUAUGCCAGGGCCAAUAUAUCAAAACACAAAAUCAUUGGAAACGAUCUCAAGGCCAUUGGAUCAUGCCAUAGAUGAUAUGAAAGUAACUCCAGUGGCACUGUUACAAGCCAUGGAUUUCAUGGGGAUAAUUCUACCAGCACAACCAUGUGUUAUAGAAUCUGGGAGUUUGACUGCAGAUCCACAGUCUCAAAUUACAAGUUUGACACCAAGGCCGACUCAACCAGAUAAUUUGACUUCUUCCUAUAGCUCACCCACUACUAUUGGACUACCUAGAGUUGUAGAAUCUGUAGCUUUAUCUCCAAGGGCCCCACCUAAAGUCAUGGAAUCAGUAGGGAUGAUUCCAAAGCCAUUACAUCAAGCCAUGAAUUCUCCAACAGCAGUGAUGUUCCCCUUGAGAUCGAUGACAGCACCACAGUCACAAAUUGUAGAAUCUCAGGACUUGACCCCCAGGCUAAUAUCUCAAGUCACAGAAUCUCUGGAACUGACUCCUGAGUCAUGGAUUCAAGUGCUAGAAUCUGUGGAAAUGACUCCACAACCACAUCAUCAAGACACAUAUAUAGGUCCACUUCAUCAAGUCAUGAAACCUUUGAGGUUGACUCCAUGGUAUCAAAUCCCAGAAUACUCAGAGAUAAGUCCAAGGCAAAACCAUCAAGUUAUAGAAACAAUGGGAUUGACUUCUGAUACAUGGCUACAAAUGAAGAAAUCUGAAGCGUUCAUACAAUCACAUGAUCAAAUAGUGGAAUCUUUAGGGACAAUGCCAGAGUCACUGACUCAAGGUACAGAAUCUACAGGAAUGCAUCAAAAAACACUGCAUCAAGUCAUGGAAUCUGUAGCAAUAGCUACUGCACCACCCCAUCAGGAUGUGAAAUAUAUAGGGGUGAAACCAAUGCAACAAUUUAAAGUUAAGGAUUCCAUGAAGUUGUUCCCAGAAUUGCAAAAUGUAAAAUCUGAGAACCUAACCCUGGGACCAAGGUUCCAAAGUGUGAAAUCUGUAGACACAGCUACAGGCUCAUUCCCACAAGUGAUAAAAUAUGGACAGUUGGUCUCAACUGUGGAAACUAUAGAGUUAGCCCAAGAACUUCAACAGCAAAAUGUAAAAUCUGAAGAGGUGAUCCCCACACAAGAGCUGCAAAGUGGGAAAUCUCUGAAGUCAGUCCCAAGGUCUCAGCUUCAAAGUGUAAAAUCUGCUGAGUUGGCUCCAGUGUUACAAGUGCAAAGUGAGAAAUCUAAGGACUUGACCCUCAAUUCACAAUCAGAAGGUGUGGAAUAUGUUCAUUUGACUCUACCACCAGAAUUUCAAGGUUUAAAAACUUUGGAAUUGACACUAACACCAGUAUUGCAAGAUAUAAAAUCUGUGGAGUUGGCCCCCAAACCAUGGUUACAAGAUAUCAGAUCAGAGAACAUAGCUCCAGUGCUACUGCUUGAAGAUGCAAAAACUAUGGAAUUAACUCAUCAAAUGGUAGAAUGUAGGAGGUUAGCUCCUGAGAUCUGGCCACAACAGGAGGAAUCUGUGAAGUUUAUCCCAGUGCAAGUCAUGGAAACUGCUGGGAUGAUACCUGGGCCACAACUUCAAAAAUGUUCAGAGAUGGUAACAGGGCCAGACUAUCAAGACACAGGAAUGAAGAGGCUGAUUUCUGAGGCUUUGCUCCAAGUGGCAUUAACACAAAAACCACCAAGUCAAGUUGUAGAAUCUGUAGGAAUGACUGCAAGCCCACAUCUUCAAGAUACUGGAUCUCCAGAGAUAACCCUAAAAUCAGAAUGUGAAGACACAGAAGCUGUAGGAUUGACACUGCUCCAAGUUGAAAAAAAUCAGAGGACAAUUCCAGUAUCAUCAUAUUUAGAGAAAGAAUCUCUGGAGUUAAAUCUAGAGCGAAGGAUCCAAGAUGAGAAAUCAGAACCACUGAAGCAAGAUUUGAAAUGUGUGGAGUUAACUACUGAGUCAUCUCCAUUCAUGGUAGGAUCUAAAAGGUUAAUUAUAGGAUCAAAGCCACAUGCUAUAAAGUUGAUCCCAGGACCACAGCUCCAAGGAGUGAAGUCUAGGCAGUUGGAUCCAGAACAAAAGUCGCAAGACAUGAAAUAUGCAAAUUUAACAAAAGAGUUAACUACAAGCAUGGUAGACUCUGAGUUGACACCAGGUAUGAUAUCAGAGGACUUGACUAAGGGGACACAGCUCCAAGGCAUAAAAUCUGGGGAUUUAAUUCUAGACCCAAGGCAGCAAUGUGUCAAAUCUUCUGGACUGACCCUAGGGCCACAAUUGCAAAGUGUCAGAUUUUCAAAAUUAACUCCAGGGCCACUUCUUCAUGGAGAGAAAUAUGUAGAUUUAAUCUCAGGGGCACCUCAUAGUGUAAAAUUUGAUGAAUUGAUCCCAGAUUCUCCAAGGCAAGAAAUCCAACAGUCAGAUUUUAUCCUAGGACCAAAUAAUCAAAGCAUCAAAUCUACACAGUUGACUCCGGAACCACAACAUCAAGGUAUGAAAUUUGUGGACUUAAUUCCAGGGCCAUGCUUACAAGAUGUCAAAUUUUCUGAUUUGGCAUCACAGCCCAAAUACCAAGGUUUCCAGUAUGUGAAAUCGAUAUCAGGAACACACCUUCAAGAUGCAGAGUCUCUAGGGUUUGGACCAGAAUUGUCUUUGCAGUUAAGCCAAGGGUCACAGGUUAAAGAUAUGAAAUCUGUUAUGUCUACUGUAGGAUCAGAGAUUCACAGCAUGAAAUCUGUAAAAUUGACCUCAGUGCACCAAAUUCAAGGUGUGAAAUCUGAGGAACCAAGCCUAGGACCAUGGCAGCAAGAUGCCAAACUUUCUGAAUUGACUUCAGGACCAAAACUUCAAGGUGUCAAAGUUGGGGAACAGACCCCGGAACCAAUGUCUCACAGUGAGAAUUCUGUGAAGGGGACACAAGAGUUGGGGCUGCAAGAUCCCAAAUUAACAAAGAUUUCUCCAGGGCUGCAAGGUAUGGAACAGAUAAGGCUUAACCCAGGGCCAGUGCUACAAAAUGUUAAAUUAUAUGAUUUGACCCCAGGAACUCAACCUCAAGGUAUGAAGUCUUCAGAGUUAAACUCAAAGCCACAGUUAGAAUGUGUAAAAAUUUUUGAGUUGACUCCACAGUCAAAGAUGCUAGGGGCUAGAUCUAUGGAGUUGAUCCCAGGACCACAGAGGCAAGGGGAUAAACCUGAGAUGUUAGCAUCACAGUCACUAUUUGAGGGUGUAAAACAUGUAGAGCUGAAUCAUCUACCAAUUUUUUAUAAAUUAGCCUCAGAGCCACAUAUACAACAUUCUAAGUUGAUCAGAAGACCACAGUUCCAAAGUAUGAAAUCUUCUGAAUUGAUCCAAGAGUCACAGUUGAAAGAUAUAAAACCUGUGGAAUGGAUCUCAGUUUCAAAGCUUCUAGAUUUAAACUCUGAGGAGCUGACCUUAGAGUCACAGGAGGGAGAUGUGAAAUAUGUGGAGAUAACCUCAGGACCACAGAUUGAAGAUGUCAAAUUCACCUCAGGUUCUAAACUUCAAGGUGUGAAAUCUGUUGAAAUGAACCUUGGGUCAAAAAUGCAAGGUAAGAAUUCUAUGACUUUUGCACCAGAGCCAUUGCUUCGAGUUAGUGAAUCUCUGGAGGUACUCCAAGGGCUCCAACUACAAGGUGUGAAAGCUAAGGAAUCGUUUUUAGAACCACAAAUGAAAGAUAUAGAAUCUGUGGAGAUUAGUCAGCGCUUAAAGCUUCAAAGUUUGAAAUCUGCAGAAGUGAACCCUGAUUCAAAGUUGCAGUGUAUAAAGAAAGAAGUAGUCAAAUCUGUGGAUGAAACCAGAAGACAAGAGGUUCAACAAGUAAAAUCUGUGGAUUUAUCCGCAACACAACAGUUUCAAGGAGUGGCAGCUGUGGAUUUAACUCCUAGACCAGACCAACAAUGUAUGAAUUUAGAACAACUGAAAAGAGGACCUGAACCAGAAGAUAUGAUGUCUUUAGAGUUAAAUCCAGGGCCAAAAUUUGUACAGUUGAAAGAUAUGGAAUCAUUUGAAUUGACUCCAGAACUAAAUAUUCAAGGUAUAAAAACAAAAACAUCCAAGUUUGACUCACAGUUGCAGAGCAUGAAAUCUCCCAAAUUGACCUCAUGGCCACAGCAAUUGCACCAAGUGAAACCUGUGGAGAUAACUUCAGAGUCACAGCUUCAAGGUGGGAGAAUUGUGGAGGUAAACCAUGAACCAGAGUUUAGAAGUAUGAUCCCAGUACCAGAAUUUCAAGGUACAAAAUCUGCUCAGUUAGCUCUAGAAUUAAAAUCUCUAAGUGUUAAAACUGCAGAAUUGAAAGCCAUACAACCAUUGAGAGGUAUGAAGUCAUCUGAAUUGAUUCUAGGACCAAAAUCUCAAGUUGCAAAACCUAUGUUCAACCUUGAACCACAGUGGCAGAAUGCAAAAACUCCUGAGUUUUCCCCAGAGCCACAGCUGCAAAAAAUGAAAAAUUUGGAAUCAUUCUCGCAGUCACAGCUUAAAGUUGUGAAAACUGUGCAGUUAAAUCAAGAGCCAGAUCUUGGAGGUAUGCAAACUGUUCAGUGGAUACCAGGACCAGAGUUCCAAGGUAGGAAAUCUGCAGUGUUGAGUACUGGGUCACAAUCUCGAGGUGUCAAACCUGUAAAUUUGAAACCUGUGCUAUAUUCGAAAGAUGUGAAGUCGUCUGAAUUGACUCUUGGAUCAAAACUUCAGGGUCAAAAAUCUAUGGAGUUCAACCUUGAGCCACAGUGGGAGAUCCUGAAAAUCCCUGAGUUGUCUUCAGGGUCACAGCUACAAAAAGGAAAAAAACUGGAAUCACUCUCAGUGCCACAGCUUCAAGGUGUGAAAACUGUACAAUUAAACCAACAGCCAGAGUUUGGAGGUAUGAAAUCUGCUCAGUGGAUACCAGGACCAGAGUUUCAAAGUAGGAAAUCUUCAGUGUUCAGUACUGGGUCACAAUCUCAAGGUGUCAAACCUGUAGAUUUGAAACCUGUGCUACACUCGAAAGAUGUGAAGUCAUCUGAAUUGACUCUAGGAUCAAAACUUCAAGGUCAAAAAUCUAUGGAGUUCAACCUUGAGCCACAGUGGCAGAUCAUUAGAACCCCUGAGUUGUCCCCUGGGCCGCAGCUGCAAAAAGGGAAAAGUUUGGCAUCAUCUUCAGAGCCACAGCUUCAAGGUGUAGAAACUGUACAGUUAAACCAAGAGCCAGAGCUUAGAAGUUUGAUAGCAGGACCAGUGUUUCAAGGUGUGAAAUCAGUCGUGCUGAAUCUUGAGUCACAGUCUAGAGGCACCAAACCUGUGGAUUUGAAACCUAAGGUGCACUUGAGAAGUACGAAAUCAUGUGACCUGAUUUCAAGGUCAAAUCUUUGUGGCAUAAAACCUAUGGCAUGCAAACCUGGGUUUCACACACAAGAUUUAAAACCUCCUGAAUUGUUCCUAGGACCACAGCUGCACGAAUCAAAACCCUCAGAGUUAUCUCUAGGGACCCAGAAUCAUGAUUUGAAGUCUUUUGUAUUUGUACAAGAGUCACAGCUUCCAGGAGUGAAAUCUGGGCUUUUAAGUCAGGGACCACAAUUGCCAAGUGAUAAAACUAUAAAACUGAACCCCCAACUAUACUUGAAAUCAUCUGUAUUAACUCUUCAAACGGAGAUUCAAGGUGUGAAAUCUGAGGAGUCCAACUCUGGGCUGAAAUGGCAAGGUGCAAAAUCUUAUAAAUUGACCCCUGAGACAAAGUCCCAGAGUACAAAUUGUAUUAAAUUAAACCCCAGUUCACAGUUGCAAGGUGUAAAAAUUUCUGAGUUGACCAUGGGAAUAAAGAUUCAAGAUGUCAAAUCUGGAUCAUUGCUGCAAGGUGUGAAAGGAACUAAAGGGACCUCAAAGUCAAACCUUCAAGAUGUAAAACAUACAGAAUUCAAUCCUAGUUCCCAGGUGCAAGUUGUGAACUCUUCUGAGUUGAUCCUAGGAUCAAAGCCUAAAAGUGUGAAAUCAGUGGGAUUCAAUCCGGAGCCAAAAUUACAAGGUAGGAACAUUUCUGAGUUAAUCCCAGAGACCAAAUUUCAAAAUACGAAAUUUGUGGAGUUCAAAUCUGGGCCCCAGUUGCCAGGUGUGACAUCUGAGUCUGUCCUAGGGACAGAAAUUCAAGGAGUAAAAUCAGUGGAAUUCAACUCAGGGCCACAGAAGCAAGAUGUAAAAUCUUCUAGGCUGCUUGUGGGUAAAAAGCUUGACAAUGUAAAAUCUAUGGAUUUCAAUUCCUGCCCACACUUGAAGGCUGUGAAAUCUUCAGAAAUUAUCCCAGGAAUAAAGCUUCAAAGUGUGAAAUCUGUAGAAGUCAAUCCUUGUCAAAAGUUUCAAGGUACAAAAUCUUCUGAUUUGACCCUGGGGUGUUGUAAAUUCCCUGGUGUGACAUCAGUGGGGUUCAAUCCUGAAUCACAUAUACAAAAUGAAAAAUCUUCUGAGUCCAUUUCAGGUACAAAGUUUCAGUAUGUGAAAUCUGUGGAAUUCAACUCAAGCUCACAGUUGCAAGAUGUGAAAUAUUCUAAAUUGACCCUGGGGACAAAGUUUCAAGAUGCACCUUCUAUGGAGCUCAGUUCUGAACCACAUUUUCAAAGUAUGAAAUCUGAUUUAACCCUAGGGACAAAGAUUCAAGAAAUGAAAUCUUUAGAAUUCAAUCCUGGUCCAAAGUUACAAAAUGAAAAAUCUUCUCAUUUAAACCUAGGGAGGAAACUUCAAGGUGUGAAAUAUGUGGAGUUUAAUCCUGGACCUCAGUUACAAAAUGAGAAAUCUAACAAGACUAUAGAGAGGAGGUUUCAAGAUUUGAAAUCUGCUGAGUUAAAACAUGUCCCACAGUUACAAACUGUGGCAUCUUCUCAGUUAAUACCUGGGAAAGAACUGCAAGGUUGGGAAUCUGUUGCGUUUAUCCCUAAAUCAAAGUGUCAAGAGAUGAAAUCUUCUGAAUUGACUAACGAUACAAAGGUACAUGAUAUAAAACCUUUGGGGUUCUACUCAAUCCCAGAGUUACAAGAUAGUAAAUUGUCUAUGUUGACACUAGGGGCACAACAACAAGGUGUGAAAUCAAUGGGACUCAACCCUGGGGCAAAAUUGCAAGAUGAAAAAUCUUCUGAAAUGAAAAAAUUUAACACAGUUAAAUCUACAGAGGUCAACCAUGGCUCAGAAUUUCAGGUUGUGAAACCUAAAAUGGUUUUGGAAUCAAAACCUGUGAUACCUUCUGAAUUCAGUGGUAGAAAACAGUGGCAAGAUGAGAAAUCUUGUAAGGUGAAUCCAAGUCCAGAACAAGGGGUAAGAUCUUCUGAGUCGUGCGUAGAGACAAAGUCUCCAGAUGAGCUUAAAUUUCAAUGUGGGAAACUUUCUGAAUUGAAUCCAGGGCCACAGCUUCAGUGUACAAAUUUUAUAUCAUUUAACACGGGGUCACAGUUGCCAGGUGUAAAAUCUUCUGAGUUGAAUCCUGGAUCACAGCUUCAAGGCUCUCAGCUACAGGACUUGAAGUCUGAGGUGUUUGUACUAGAACCAUCUGUAGAGUUAAACCAGGGACAACAUUCUCCAAGUUAUCAAAUCACAGAAUCCUCUGAGGUUAUCUCUAGGACAGAGUACCAGUUUGCAGGACAUGCAGAGAUGAUCCAAAAGUCAAGACAGCAAGUCCCAAAAUUUGUUAAUUUGAUUUCAAUACCAAUUCAUCAAGUUACAGAAUCUUCAGAAAUGACACCUGAUUCAGCACAUCAAGACACCGAAACAGUAGAGAAAUUAGUAGGGUAUACCCCAAACUCAAUGGGUAAAGUCACAGACUGUCCAGGGAUGCCUCUGGAGAUAGACCUUCAAGAACCGGAAUCUGUGGUUCUGACUUCAGCAAUAGUGAAUCAAGGAUCAAAACCAUUAGAAUUAACCCCAGAGAAAAGUUACCAAGUUCCAGAAACUGUGGAAUUAUAUACACAGUCACAGCCUCAAGUUAAGAAUUUGGGGGUAUUAUCUACAAGGCUACUACAGCAAGAUGUGGAAUCUGGAGGAAUGACCCCAGAGCUAAAGCAUCACAUUAUAGAAACUGGGGGAUUAAGUUUUGAGGAAAAGCUGCAAGGGGAAGAAUGCCUUAGAAUUAUCCCCAAACCAGUAAGCCAAGCAAAUGAAUAUACAGAAAGAUUUCUAAGCUCCUAUCCUGAAGCCGUAGAACCUGUGGAGAAAAGACUGCCAAGAGUAGAAUCUUUAGUAUUGAUUCCAAAGUCAUUUCAUCAUGUCCCCAAAUCUUCAGGGAAGAUACCAGAGAUAGGAUAUCAAGUUCCUGAAUCUCUGGAGUUGCCUUCUGAGAAAUGGGUCCAAGUGGGGGAAUCUGCAAAAUUGACUGCAAUGUCAUGGGAUUAUUUGAGUUCUUCUGGGAAAGUAUCAGAGUUAGGCCAUCAAGCUCCAGAAUCUAAGGGUUGGACCUCUAAGCAACAAUGGCAACUGGGGGAAUCCUUAGAGUCACCCCCAAAGCAAACAGAUCAAGUUAAAGAAUCUGCAGAUCUCACUUCUAAGACAUGGCAGCAAAAGGAGGGAUCCAAAGGGCUAACAGAGUCACAGUAUCAAAGUAUGAGAUAUUCAGGGAUAGCCCUAGGACCACCAGACCAAAUUAUAGAAUCUACAAGCAUUAGUCCAAAGCCACUUGACCAAGUCACAGAAUUAGCAAGGACACAGGUUCAAGUUUUUAAAUCAACAGGGGUAACCCCACUGGUCCCCCAAAAACUUGUUGAAUCUGUGGAAGUGAUCCCUGGACCAUCACUUCAAGUUGUGAAGUCAGUGCCAUUAACCCCAGGGCCAACUCUUCAAAUGCUGGAAUCUGUUGAGUUGACUCCCAAACUGCAAGAUUUGACACUUUCAGAGUUUACCCCAGAGCUAUGGUGGCAAAAUGCAAACUCUAAGAAAUUAAUCAGAGAGCCAACACACCAAAUUUUGGAAAUAAUAGAGUUAACGGGGUUUCAAAUAGUAAAAACUGUGUUAAAUCCAGGACCACCACUUCAAAUAGUAAAAUCUGAAGAAAUAGUACCAGGACCAAUCACUCAGUUUGUAGAACCAACAAAAGUAUCCCUAGAACCAGGGCUUGAAGUAAUGGAGAAUUUGGACUUACCCUCUAGGCCAUAUCUUCAAGAACUGGUAGAACAUGUAGAAUUAACUCCACAGCCAACCUCUCCAUUUGAGAAACCUAGAGUGUUGACUUGUGAACAAGAGCUUCAAGCUGUGAAAUCUAUAGGGAUAAAAACAGGAUAUCCUCAAGUCAUGGAACCUGAGGAUAUAGAUCUAGGACAGGUUUAUCAGAAUAGGAAAUCUGAAAACUUAACAUCAGGAGAAAAGUUACAAGUAGGAAAUUAUUUAUCUAAAUAUACACACAUCUCAUCAUCUCCACUCAUCUCAAGCCCUGUCAAAACUAUAUGUGAAUUAGGAAGUAGUUGGAAUUUUGAAAUGCCAGAAGUACCAAGAGACUUGGAUAUAAAAAACCUUGAGACAAAUAUUUUACAGCAUGGAAAGUCCUAUAUAGACCCUAAUAUGACACAGUCUUCAGUUGUUCCUUUGGACCUUGUUAAUCAAUGCUCUAAUCAGACAGCUAUCACUGUGGAAAUGCCACAUCCUGCGAUCCCAGAAAUGAAUGUCAUAUCUAAGGAGAAGACCAAUAGUAAGCAGAUGGAAGAGCUAGACAACUCACUCCAGUGGAAAUAUGGUCUUCAGAGAUUCUCCCAACACCCAUCACGAAGCUGGAGAUUACCAUCUAGGAUUUCCCAGGCAGCAUCAGUUGCUCGAAGAGGGUUGACCAGGCCCAUCCUUGGCAGACAACAGAAUGUCUGGGAGAGUCAUGCUUGGAAACAGCGGCUACCAAGAAAAUAUCUCUCUAGUAUGGUAACACUUGGGAACAAUUUAGGAGUUACUAUAGAAAAGAAGCUUUGUUCUCAAAUAUCUCGGGCAGAAAGAGCCACUACAGCUACCUGUCAAUCUAUACCGAAAUUAUUUGGGGUCACAGCAGAACUGGUAAAAUUCCCUCAGAACCUGCUACAGAAGGUUCAGGGUACUAUUUCUCAACCUUCAGUGGUCAGAAACUACAUUCAGAGACAUACUUCAUGCUAUGGUGAUGAGAAAAAAAUGACCUUAAGGAUGUGGACACGAGGCUCAACGUCUUCUAUAAUACAGCAAUACUCUGGGACUAUAAUGGGAUUAAAGAAAACAAACUCAAAGCUCAGUUAUAUAUCCCAAGAAGUCAGUCAACACAUGCCUUUCUCACAUACAGGGUACCAAAUUCCUUCUCCAGUAAAGUCGGAGUCUUCCUUCAGGACACUUUUCAUUCGGAAAGAAGUCUCUAUUCCAGUAGAAGAGAGUGAAAACUCACAGAGUGAGUCACAGACAACAAUUUUUGAGCCCCAAUACUCCCUCAAGCCACCAUGUCUUCCCCAGUCUAAGAAUGACAUCUCAGAACAGUUUCAGCUACUACACGAUCUACAGCUAAAAAUAGCAGGGAAACUCUUAAGGAGUCAACUACCCCCCAAUGUGCCCCCACCUCAAGCUACAGGUCUGGUAUUAAAAUAUCCUAUCUGCUUACAGUGUGGACGAUGUUCAGGAUUUGGUUGCUGUCAUAAAUUACAGGCCCCUUUUGGGCCUCACCUUCUUAUCUAUCCACAGCUCCAUCUUGUAAGUACCCCUGAGGGCCAUGGUGAGAUUCGGUUGAAUCUUGGCUUUAGGUUGCAAACUGGGAAAAGAUCCCAAGUUCCAAAGUAUCAUGGAAGAGACAGAUCAGCCAUACCAAGAAGCCCUAUAUCACCAUCACAAAGGAAAGCUAAAAUCUAUACUAGAGCUACCAAGAGUCCUACUUCCAAAAGAGAUUUCAGGUCUGGGCUUUCUCAGUCUCCUACUCCUAUACAAGUCCACAUCAGACAAGAGCGGUAUGGCAGCCCUGACCCAGUAGAAAAGACAGAAAUUGGAGAUACCGGGCACUAUGAAUUCAUUCACGUUAACUUGCUGCCAGACAGUAGUUCUGAAAGCAAUCAGGAUGAAAAACAGGCUAAGAUGAGACCCCCAAAGACCCCUGAUACAAAAUAUCCAAUUAAAAAAAUCACUAAAGAAGUUAGAACACAAAGUAGUAGAGGCAUAAUAGAGAGUCCCUCUAGAGAAUUACCAGCUCAGUUAAGAAGGAAAAGGAUCGGAGUAGCUCAAACAACUUCUGCCUUUUUAAAAAGAAAAUCUAAGACAUCCUCCCAACCCACAUUCAUGCAUCUGCUUUUUCAGGGUCUAAAGCAAGCAUUCCAAAUAGCACACAAAGUUAUGACUUCUACUGGACAGAAGAAGCCUGAGGACAGGGAAAGACCAGACAACUGGUGGAUGUGCAAAAAUGUCCCAUUAAAACAAAGGACCAGGGAGUACUACCUAUCAAGAGAUAGCAAGAAAGACAGGAAGUCAGUUGUCAAGAUAAGGCCCACAGGCCUAACAACUAAGCAGGGAAGAACAGACCAAUUCAGAUCAACUCAACAUACACAAAGACAUAGCUUUUCCCAACCCAGACCUACCCAAUUGCCCAAGUCCACAGUUGCCUCAAAAGAGAUCACUUUCCAAACCUCUUCAAUCAGACAGCCUUUGGAUAUAGUUCAAAAUGACAGUAGUAGCAGAGCUAAUGAAAAUGACAGAGCUGAAAUCUCCAGCCAGCAGCCUAAGAACUUGUCCAAACCAGGAACCAGAGUUCAGGCCAGAGGCCAAACCCUACAUGGUUCCUCUGUAAAAAGAAUCCCUCAGAGUCACUUUAAAGCGAAACCUACAUACAAGGAGCAAAAUCACCGCAGCAGUCCCUCUGAGAGAACCCAUCACAGUUCCUCUAAAAGAAUUCAGCAUAGUAUUCCCGAGAGGAGACCUCACAGACUCUCUGAGAGGAUCCAUUUCAGUCCCUCAGAGAAGAGCUGUCACAGUCCUUCUGAGAGGAGACAACACAUUAUCUCUGAGAGAAGCCAUCACAGUCCCUCUGAGAGGAGUCUUUACUGUCCUUCUGAAAGAAGACACAGUCUUCCUCCUGAGAGGAGUCGACGCAGUUACUCUGAAAGAUCCCAUCACAGACACUCUGAGAGGAGUCCUUGCAAUCACUCUAAGAAACUCCGUCACAGGCCCUCUGAAAGGAGCCAUCGUCGCAGUGCCUCAGAGAGAGCCCAUGACAGUCGCAGUCAUUCAGAGAGAACCCAUCACAGUCCCUCUGAAAAGAGCCGACGACGCCGUCAUUCAGAAAUAACCCAUCACAGUCCCUCUGAAAGGAGCCAUCGCAGUCAUUCAGAGAGAACCCAUCACAGUCCCUCUGAAAGGAGCCGUCAUUCAGAAAGAACCCAUCACAGUCCCUCUGAAAGGAGCCAUCGCAGUCAUUCAGAGAGAACCCAUCACAGUCCCUCUGAGAGAACCCGACACUGCGCUAAGAAGAGAAUCAAGCACAGUUCCCUUGGGGAGAGGCCCGGGCAUAGUUUGUCUAAAGAUUUCAUGAGUUAUUCAAACACAAACACAGAAGCUGGGCAAGCCCCUCGGAAGCUGCUAGGCGGAAGUAGACGUUCGGAACGGAAUUCAGAGUGUCUGAAUCCACAUCCGGAAGAGGAGAGAAGGAAAGAAGAGGAGAGCGGAAGUGGCGUUAGUCUGGCCGGAGCCCCUUGGUGA